AUGGAGGGAUCGGCGACGGAGGGAAAUCACGGAGGCGAUCCCCGCGCCGAGCAUGCCGCAACCAAGGAGUCCGAGGCGGCGGCAACGCAACACCAUCUGACGCUGCUCCAGCCGACCGUGGUCGAAGUUUCUGCAGCCGUGCUGGAUAAGGACAAGGUGGGGGAGCACGAGUCGGUGGGGCUGGUCGGUGGCUCUCCACCUUCUGGUGGACGGGGGAGGCGUAGGCAGAGGAAGAGCGAUGGGGAGGACGAUUAUGACACCGCCGUGCUCGGGGACCUCAUUACGCGGGCGAAGAGGCGGCAGACGACAGGUAGUGCUGACGACGCCGGAGGCGCGGCAGUUGGGACACCGCAAGGCGCCAAGGAAGCUAGUGGCAAGGCGGGCGGUCAAGCAUUGCGCCAGAAGGGCCGACCCGCAGCAAGAAAAGCAUCCGGCGGAAGGAGAGGCAAGAAAGCAGCGACGGGAACAAAGCCGAAACGGGGCGAUGAAGACCCGGGUGAUGCGGAGGAGGAGGAGGAUGAGGAGGAGGAUGCGGAGGGAGAGGAGGAUGAAGAGGAAGCGGAGGAGGAUGACGCGGAUGUUGGGGAGGAUGAAAAAGAUGAGAAUGAUGGCGGGGAGGACGAAGAGGAGGAGGAGGAGGAGGAGGAGGAGGAGGAGGAUGAGGAGGAGGAGGAGGAGGAGGAGGAGGAGGAGCAGGGUGACGACGAGGAGGAGGAUGUGGAGGAGGAGGAGGAGGAGGCAGCGGAGGAGGAUGAGGAGGAGGAGGAGGAGGAGGAGGAGGAGGAGGAGGAGGAGGCAGAGGAGGAGGAGGAGGAGGAGGAGGAGGAGGAGGAGCAGGGUGACGACGAGGAGGAGGAUGUGGAGGAGGAGGAGGAGGAGGAGGCAGCGGAGGAGGAGGAGGAGGAGGAGGAGGAGGAGGAGGAGGAGGAGGAGGAGGAGGAGGAGGAGGAGGAGGAUGUGGCGCCAGCAUUGGGCCGCCCGUAA